CUCACCCACAAACAAACGGCUACAUAUAUGUGGCAUUCCUGCAUGGAAAUGAAUUCACGUUUUCCUAUUCUUGCAUUGGAGUUUGAGAUGGCUGGGAUGAACAUAUUGAAGGGCAUCCUCAAAAUAUUUCGUGCAGUUCAUCGGCAGAACCGGUCGGGGUUGGAGCGGUUCAGUUGGGCAGUGAGACGUCCAUUGGUAAUGUACAGCAUCAUUUGGACAAUGUUACUGGCUGCUGUGGUCACAAUAGCUUCUCUCACACAGGAGUUGGCUUUCACUUCCACUUUCUCUUCCUCUUCACACUUUUCCAAGGCGUGUCCAGAUGAAUCAAAGAAUUCAAAUAGGACAUGUUAUAGAAUGGCCUUGGAUAGACCGGGGGACGUCUUCUGCUUGCCGGCUCAGGCCUUCUCAAGAUCCGCCAUUGAUUACCUUGUGCCUCCCAUCUUUGCUACUCUCGUCGUACUUGCUUCGGCUUCUUUUGUGCAUGCAGCCGGUCUCUGGGAGAUUUAGGGCAACUUCUUUUAUUGGGAUUUUACACAAUAAAAGAAUUUUCUUUCUUUCUUUCUCUUUCUUUUUUUUUUUCUUAUUUUUGUUUAUCUAUACAUAUCUUACAACUUAGUCCUUUUCAUCUCAUUGUGAGAAAAAAUACUUGAUUUCUUGGUAAACUUUA